UACCGAGUGACGGGGUGCUCGUACCGCCACCCGCCUUGUCGGCGAACCCAGAAAGGAAAGGGCGGCAUGUCUGGCAGGAUCGGCUCAUGCCCCGCCCGUUUGGAAACCAAACCGAUCCGGUUCUUUGGGGAAAUGGGGAACUGCAGGGGUUCACCAAACCUCAACGUGAACGAGCCGAGCGGAAGGAAGCCCUAUGCGGGGAGCCGAGGUCCACUCGUCCAAUACCCGAAAUAUGUGGGGCCUCUCAGGUUGAUAAGGGAAUACUAUGAUGACUUGAGCAUUUAUACCCCUGAAUUUACUCAAGAUAUCAUUGUUGCCCUCUCCCCUUCACAAUGACGUCUCCUUCGGUCCUCAGUCUCGAAUACCGCGGCCGCGUGGCCAUCAUCACCAUUGACAACGACAGGAAGCUCAAUGCUCUCAACCACGACCAGUAUUACGACCUCGCGCAAAAGAUGCGCGAGGUGGCUGCGCGCGAUGACAUCUACAUAACGCUUCUUAUCGGCAAAGGCCGCUACUUUUCCGCCGGUGCCGACGUAACGCUCUUUGACGACGCCACCUCUUCCUCCUCCCCUUCUACCCUCCCGGACCCACAGCAGCAACCGCAUCGCUUCUGGCUACAAACCUUCGUAGCCUACAACCUCAAUAUCGCCCAAGCCUUCUACACGCACCCCAAGAUCCUGGUCGUGGGCCUCAACGGACCCGUGAUCGGCCUGUCAGCGGCACUAGUGGGCUUCGCCGACUUCGUCUACGCGGUGCCCUCCGCCUUUCUGCUCACGCCCUUCAGCUCGCUGGGCCUAGUCGCCGAGGGCGGCGCCUCGCGGGGUCUUGUGCAGCGCCUCGGCCUGGCCAAGGCCAACGAGGCGCUCAUCAUGAGCAAGCGGCUCACGGCCGACGAGUUGCUGGCCUGCGGCUUCGUCAACAAGAUCUUUGACGAGUGCGGGAAGGGGGAGUACGAGAAAUUCAGGGGGUUGGUGCUGAGCGAGAUAGACGAGCGGCUCGGGGAGCACCUCGUCGGGGAUAGCCUGUUGGGUAUCAAGGCGUUGAUUCGGCGUCCAGAGCGUGAUAUUAUGGACAAGCAGAACGUCGCCGAGGUAUUUGCCGGCUUGGAUAGGUUCAUGACAGGGGUGCCGCAAGGCGAGUUUGCAAAGGUUGCCUCGGGGAAGAAGAGGCAUAAGCUUUGAAGACAUUGUAUUUAUUGUUUUUGUCUUGGAUAG